UGUGGAGCGGACCUUUCCCCCGCUCACUGAUUCGCCGCGGGCCAGCCCGGGGAGACUUGGACAUAUAUAGGCUGAGGUGCGGGGCAGCUCACGUACAUUCGGCGGCUGUUCCCUGUACCGAUUCCAUGGCGUGGGCUUCGUUCUUCGUCCUGUUGGCAGCAUCGGUGUCGGCUCGAGUGACAACGCGGUCGGCGGAUGAGUGUGGCAAUCCUCCACACCUGGAGAACGGAUCACCCACUGCGCAGUUCCUUUCUUCGACGUCUUUUCCCGUGGGUACCACUGUGUUGUAUCAUUGCCACCCUGGUUAUGUCCUCCAGCAAGGAAGCUCAGAUUCGGUCAGCUGUGCGGAGGGUUUAACCUGGACUCCACUGGAUGCCACUUGUGAGCGAGUUGACUGUGGUAAUCCAGAUGAGAUUGAGAAUGGAGCUUUUGUGGCUCCUUCUACUACGUUUGGAAGUGUGGCUGUUUAUCAGUGCAACGAAGGAUACAAGAUGAGCGAUGGAGGUGUGCGUAUAUGUGGUUCCAGUGGCUGGACGGGUCAGGCGCCAACCUGCACGGUAUCUACUGCAGCUGAAAUCCUUAAUGAAAUGAUCACAUUUGGGCACGAGCUCAUCAACAAGGAAGAAAGUGUGAUCAAAUCAUACUACCACCUUCUGGAAAGGGAACGCGAACUUCUUAGAUCAAAAGAGAAGCUUCUUCAUGAAGCAGAGAAGUAUGUUAAUGAAAAUAUUCUUUAAAGAGUUCUAAAUUCAUCAUAAUUAAAUGUUAUGAUUUAAUAAUCACAUCAGGUUUUACUAAAGUUGUAUUCCAUGUAAACCUGAGAAAUUCUGACAGUGUUAAAUCUACAUGCAUUUGUGGUAUUGCAAUUUCUAUUGUCGAUAGUCUUGAAGAAACUAAUAAAAUGAAGAAUGCACAGU